GUGGCCAUAAGUGAGAAUCGCUGGUUGUUGACGUCAUCGCAUGGCGACAGCAUCUCAUCAGCUGGGCAGACUUCUUCAGAAUCGUGCUGUUUCUAUUGCAUUCGCCUCAUAAAAAGUGUCGUAUCCAACGACGGAAAGCAUAAAUCGACCAUCCGCGGUGUGUGAAACCACGGUCCCGAAGGUCAAUAGAGAAUAAACAUGCAGCCAGUGGUCCAUAGAUGAAGCUCGUCCUCAUCCUCACAUGUCGCUGAUGGUCGUGUGUUUACAUGUGUUGUCGUCGACAUGACUAAACUCCACGAGGUCAAGUUUCCAGCCGAGUGCAAAUCUCUCCCCGAUGGCUUCUGGUCCGCCGUGGACGUGUGGAUCAAGAAGCCCCACGUAGUAAACAAACGUCUGUGCGGAGCCACGGAGACCCCGUCCGAGGAGGUGGGCACUGAGAACCUGGGGGUGCUGCUGGACCCCAAGUCGACAGACUCCCACGACGUGCUGUCCUUCUUGACCAGGGGGCAAUCCACCGCACUGACGCACGACCAGGAGAACACCUGGACGUUCAGUGUGCGGACGUUUAUCCCGAAAGUAAACUGCUACGGAUCCACUUCACAUAAAGAGUUUGUGCUGAAAGACUUUGAUAGACUUCAGGUGACGUUCGUUCCCUUCGAAGAGGACGCGUCGGGGGAAGUGUGUCAGAAGAUUGGCAACGUUUAUCAGAUCAGUCUGGUCCAAAGGGACAACGAAGAAUGGUUCCUGGAGCUGCGGGUGCUGGCGGCGGCGGACUGGGCCUGCGACGGGGUGGCCUACCCCAGGCUGGUGUGGCUGUGCUCCACCCUGCUCCCGCGGCUCCUCCGCUGGGCGGCGGAGCCCGCGGCCAGCCAGUUCAAGAGCACGCUGUCCCUGCUGCCCGUGGAGAAGUACGGCCGCGUGUACCAGCAGCUGAAGGAGAAGUACCGCGCCAUGGUCAAGGUCUGGCCUGAAGUGACGGAUCCAGAGAAGUUUGUCUACGAGGAUGUUGCAAUCGCUACGUAUCUGUUGGUUCUCUGGGGCGAGGAGCGGGCGGAGAGAGGCGUGACGGAGAAGCAGUCGUUUGUGGACCUGGGCUGUGGCAACGGCCUGCUGGUGCACAUACUGUCCAACGAAGGGCACCCGGGGAAAGGCAUCGACGUGCGCAGGAGAAAGAUCUACAUGUACGGGCCUCAGACCUGCCUAGAGGAAAAGGCAAUCACUCCCGGAGAGGGUUUCUUAUUCCCGGCCACUGAUUGGCUGAUUGGGAACCACUCAGACGAGCUGACGCCCUGGAUCCCGGUGAUGGCAGCCAGGUCGUCGUUCGCGUGCCGCUACUUCGUGCUGCCCUGCUGCUUCUUCGACUUCUACGGAAAGUUCCAGAGGCGGCGGUGCGGGACGUCCCAGUACAAGGAGUACAUCGACUACAUCGCAGAGGUCAGCCGGGCCAGCGGCUUCCACACGGACGAGGACUGCCUGCGGAUCCCCUCCACCAAGAGGGUGUGCCUGGUGGGGAAGUCCCGGAGCUACGCCCCGUGUGACGCGGAGCAGGCGGAGGAGCGCAGGGCCAGCUACAUCCAGAGCCGUCGCUCCAGCUCUGGAUCCGCGGUUGAUGGCGAACACGGCGGCGGCGGCUGCGGCUGCCAUGACAACGGCGACCCGGAGCCGGCCGGGCCCCCCGGGAACGACUGGGGAGCCGGGUUCCAGCCGCGGGAGAGGGUGGAGAAGGUGCGGAACUGCGCGGCGCUGCCCCGGGACUUUGUGGACGGCGUGGUGCUGCGCGUGGCCAAGGCUCUGCUGGGAUUGGCCAAGGACGACGGCCCGCCCUCUCCCACGCCCGCCGCCGCCGACGUCGUCUGGAACCCCGGAGAGAGCAUGUCCGUGCGGGAGGUGGCUGAGCUGCUGGACCACGGCACCCUGCUGAGGCUGAAGAGCGAGUGUGGGGGUCUCCAGACCCUCCUGAAGAACAACCACCAGGUCUUCAGAGUGGAAGGUGGGCGGGUCCACAUCCGGGACUGGCGGGCGGGGUCCGAGGAGCGGGGUCGGGCGGAGUCUAAGCGCGGCCGGCCGGUAGCCAGCGGCGCUCUCAAGACACGCUCCUGCUGGUUCCACUCCCAACACCCCCAGGGCUGCCCCCUAGAGGCCGCUCAGUGCUGCUUCGCCCACGGGCCCCAGGACCUGCGGCCCUCCACCAAACCACUGAAGAAGAUGAAGUGGUCGGCGGUGUGAUUUGCAGGGGUUUUUAAUUUUUUUUUAGGAAUGUUUCAAAAGACUCUAGGGUUGCUUUGUGAUUUUUUUUUUUUUAAUUUUGGUUGUAUUUGAUGCGUUUUUAUUUUGGUGCGUCGGAGUGUGUGCGGAUUGGUCCGGAACCUUCGAAGGAACACGUUCAGCGAGGAGACCCUGACUUCGUUAUCGUCGCACACGUAAAUUAUUUUUCAAAUACUUUCCGCAAUAUGAAGCGUAGGCUGCCUGGUGGCAUCUCGCCAACUUCGCCGACGUUUUAAGUUUUUCUUCUUUCUUAGAAAUUAUGGAAUGUACCGGUCACCCAUUAUCCUCCCAAAUCACCUUGUUGCUAUGAUACAAGAUUACAAUUUGUUGAGCCAGAUAUGAAAUAAAAAAACGACAACCUCCUGA